UUGUAAUCCAGACGGUAAAGACUGAACGGGACGUCUUGGAAGAAAACUUUCCAGGUUUUCAUCUGAUAGGAAAAGAGAGCCAAAAGGAGCCAGGAUCAGGGCAGGUAGGGGACCUGGACAUGCAUACACACCCACCAAUGAUGCACUGAACUGGGAAACAUCUGCCGAAGUGUGCCCUUCAACAAGCUAUGGCCACAGCAACGUCUGGCCCGGGAACCGUCUCGCUGGGAUCCCAGGUUCACGCUGCAGCUGUCAACGGAGAUCGGAGUGUCCUCCUCAAACUCAUCACAGCAGAGCCAUCACUGCGGGACCGUGAGGACCAGUUUGGUCGGACCCCUUUGAUGUACUGUGUUCUGGCCGACCGCCUGGAUUGUGCAGAGAUUCUGCUGAAGGCCGGAGCCUCGGUCAACAAGGCUGACCACAGCCAGCGGACUGCGCUGCACCUCGCCGCACAGAAGGGUAAUGUGCGUUUCCUGAAGCUGCUGCUGUCCAGAGGUGCUAACUGGCUGCAGAAGGAUCUAGAGGAGAUGACCCCGCUUCACCUGGCCACCCGACACCCCUCCCCAAAAGCUCUCGCCCUGCUACUCAAACACAUUGGACCAGGAGAGGUGGACACGCAAGACAAGAACAAGCAAACCGCUUUACACUGGUCUGCGUUUUAUAACCGACCAGAACAUGUUCGUCUCCUGAUCAAGCACGAUUCCAACAUCGGCAUCCCAGACAGUGAAGGCAAAAUCCCCCUGCACUGGGCCGCACACAGUCAAGAGCUAAGCGCAACUCAAACUGUCCGCUGUAUACUGGAAGCAGCUCCUACCGAGUCUCUGCUGAACUGGCAGGACUAUGAGGGGCGGACACCGCUGCACUUUGCCGUCGCCGACGGUAACGAGGCAGUAGUGGAGGUGCUGACGUCUUAUGGGGGCUGCAAUGUGACAGCUUAUGAUAACCUCUUCCGAACGCCGCUGCACUGGGCUGCUCUGCUUGGUCAUGCCAAAAUUGUCCACCUGCUGCUGGAGAGAAACUCAUCGGGCACUAUUCCCUCUGACAGCCAAGGAGCGACACCGCUGCACUAUGGAGCUCAAAGCAACAAUGCUGAGACAGUUGGUGUGUUUCUGUCCCACCCCUCGGUGAAGGAUGAGCCUGAUUUGGAGGGGAGGACGGCCUUUAUGUGGGCUGCUGGGAAGGGCAGUGAUGAUGUGAUUUGCACCAUGCUGGCUCUCACCCCUUACAUUGACAUCAACAUGGCUGACAAGUAUGGAGGCACCGCACUCCAUGCGGCCUCCCUGUCAGGUCAUGUGAGCACAGUGAAGCUGCUGUUGGAGAAAGGAGCAAUGGUCGACUCUCUGGACGUGAUGAAACACACACCGCUGUUUCGUGCCUGUGAGAUGGGACACAGAGAUGUCAUACUCACGCUCAUCAAAGGUUCUGCACAUGUGGACCUGGUGGACGUGGAUGGUCACACUGCUCUGCACUGGGCUGCACUGGGAGGAAAUGCUGAGGUCUGCCAGAUACUGAUGGAGAAUGGGAUCAGUCCUAAUGUGCAGGACCAGGCAGGACGGACUCCCCUGCAGUGUGCUGCCUAUGGAGGCUACAUCACCUGCAUGGCUGCUCUCAUGGAGAACAAUGCCGAUCCUAACAUACAGGACAAGGAGGGGCGAACUGCUCUCCACUGGUCAUGUAACAAUGGCUACCUGGAUGCUGUGAAACUGCUGUCUGGCUACGAUGCAUUUCCUAAUCACAUGGAGCACACGGAGGAGAGGUACACGCCUCUGGACUAUGCUCUGCUUGGGGGACACAGUGAGGUGACGCAGUUCAUGCUGGAGCAUGGCGCUCUUUCCAUUGCAGCCAUCCAGGACAUUGCUGCUGCCUCCAUCCAGGCUGUCUACAAGGGCUACACUGUGCGCAAGGCCUUCAGGGAGAGAAAGCAGCUCCUCAUGAGGCACGAGCAGCUGCGUAAGGAUGCAGCCAAGAAACGAGAAGAAGAACAGCGGAGACGAGAGGCCGUGCAGCAGGAGGUCCCAGUGUCCACUGCAGAGAAACGGAAAGUUUCUUUGGUGAGAGACGAGCAGAAUCAGCUCUCCUUAGUCAACACUGUAGAGAGCCUAUCCAUGAAUGACUCUGUGGUGGAAACAAGGAAAUCAUCCAAAGCGGAAUACACAAGGAGUAAAGAGGAGAGACACAAAGAGCACAAGAGCAGAUCCUCCAGAAGAGGCAAAGCAUCUGAACCACGUGAGGCUCCAGAGACUUUGAGCCACCAAAGUCCUGUCACAGCUGACACAGUGUCUGGUGCCCCUCAAACCACCAGGCUGAAGGAACUUCUCUCGCCUGCCAGCUGCUUUCAGCCACCCAUUCUCAAGCCCAGACCCCCCUCCAUACCCAAAGUCAGAGAACGAGCCACUCCAAUCAAAAGCAAUCCUUCAUGGAGUGUCUCCUCUAUGGACCACACUGAGGACACUUCCAGAGAAUCCAUCCUCAUUAGAAAGAAAGACUCUCACAUGAAUGUGCAGACUGCCACCAGCAAGAGCGAUGCCCACGCCUCUCCAAAAAGGCGCAGACACCACAAGGAGCACACUUCUGAGAGAGUCUCCACCAAAGACCAAACUCACUCUGCCUCAUUAAGAAGCAGCUCACCUUUAGACCACAAACGCCUCACAAGAAAGACUGGCACACAUGUACCGACCUCAACACGUACACACAGAUACGACAAAGAGCAGUGCAGGAGGAGGAACGCGGCAGCAUGCGUCAUUCAGCGAGCCUGGCGAAGGUUUCACGCACGCGGACGCAAAGUGGAGUCAAACCUCACCCAAACCAGGAAGAAGGUGGAUAACAGAGCUGUACCUGCUAAACCAUCUGUGAAUAAGAGCACUGUUCUUCAAAGUAUCUAUGGCAACGCUAUGGCAAGACGCGGGCGUUCAUUUCGGGGCUCCCAAUCUCAGCUGCUCUUGGACAUGCCACUGCGCACCCAGAGCCAGUUGAGUGGAAUAGACUGUGUACACCUGACUGAUGCUCUGGAUCAAGCCAAGCAGUUCUCUUAUCACCUGAGACCACAUAGUGCUGGACAAGGGACCAGAGGACGGGGAAAACAUUGAAGCCGCCCACCACACACACAUCUCAUGUUCUUUGAUGUUUUCUCAGCUGGCUGGCGGUCUUACCUCUAUAGAAUUACUAUACACAUUGUUCAAUUAUUGUGCAAAGCUUUCUAAAAUUAAGCUAUAUGACAUCAGAGACAUGACCUCACAGGGUGGGGUUAAGUCUACAGAAAUGGUGUGUGUAAAAGAUAACCUUUCGUCCAUUGUGGAAGGAACACAUAUGAACACAGUCUAUCUCCCUUGUUCUCCAUCGCGCUCGCACACACACUGAGAUAACCUUUCCUCCUGCAGUGGGGAAUGAGGCAGUCUAUCAACAGCCAGUCAUACAGAUAGCCCACCUGCAGCCACACACACACACACACACUUUACUGCCUACACAUCAGUUUGGUCUUUAAGUGCUUUCCCUCCAAGACAUAUUUCUGAACUAUGCUGUUUUUUUUGACUGAAAUAUGUAUUUGCACAAAAAUAAUCCUCAUUGUAUAUUUCUAUAAUUAUACCUCAGUGUUUGUUGCCUUUUAAUUGUAUUAUCAAAAUAAAAAUUGAAACAGA